CAGUGUGUGUGUGAUUGGUCACUUGAGCUAGCCCUUUUGAAGCCGAUUUGUAUCUACUGUUUUUGGAAAAUCAGACCCUGAGACAGUCUGUGAAUCACUUGGGCUAUUUGCUUUGUGAAGACCUCCAUGUCUUGGGUGAUAAGAGGAUUUCCUUGGUUUGAACUAAACUUGUAAGUUUUGUUGGCAAGCAUAUUUUUUUUCACUCCCUGUAGAUACAUAACCAUAACCAUGCCCCCAUUUUGCAUGUUCCAUUCUAAUGUCAACACAUACUUACAGUAUAUCGGUUGGCCUAGUUUGUUUUGCAUUGAACUGCCCUUCCUGAUUCAUGUGUGGUGUCUGCUCGAUAGACAAGACUGUAGCUGCUGAUUCAAGUUCGGUGUUUGCUAGGGGACUGGACAGAGAACUUAGGACUGGAAUUGCCCUAAAGAACUAUUUCUGAACAGUUCCACUUCCCCAUAUCCCAAUACCCUUCCUUUUCCACUACCUCUUGUGGGUGGUAGGCCACAGAGGAGGUUGACCCAUGUUAAAGUAGGUUGUGAAAAAAUAUAUGCCUACAUACAAAAAUACUGGGGCUCAGAAAGAAGGAACCAAAACAUGCACAGAAUUUAUUUCUGACUGAUUCAGCAGCAGGAUUUGGAAGGAGGGGGCAGGGAGGACACAGGAAAAGUUGCUGGGCUGGAGGCUAGAAAGUGGGUGUGGCAGCCUCUCUACUGCCAGGAUCCCUUUGUGAUGAGGAGGCCACAGCAGUGUGAUGUCCCAGGAGCCCUCCUGACACAUUGCAAACUGAGCUUUAGGACUCAGUAUCCUGAGAGCUGCACUGCGAGUCAGAAGAUGGAGAAUUCUCUGCUUCUGAUCAAUAGCAUUAGAGACCCCUGGAUAAGCUCCAGCUCCAUGGACAUUGAUGUGCAUAACACUUUCAAGAAGGACCUUGGUGUGGGGGCAAAAAAGGGGCCUGGCACUUCAAGCAUCACCUCUGGGAAGGUGCUGGAACCCACAAAACCUGCACUGAGGACAGAGGAAGUAUCCUACAUGAAUCCUGCUGAGCAUCAUUCCCUGCUUGACUCAAAGACUGGAAGGAAGCCAGCAUCAAACAUCAUACAGAUUCCUGUGAAGCACAAAAGUAGACCAUAUGUGCAGAUCCUUGAGGCAAGGGAUCUUGCCCCACCUGGAGUUCCACCCUCAAACCUUCCCCAGGUUGUAUACCCUUCCUCACCCAUCGGUGAUUCCAAGGCUGAGCACUAUUUCAAGGCUGCCACGGUCUUGGAAAAAUUGCAUCACCAAGAUCCAGGAGGAACAAUGGCAGAAAGUACAUCAGAUGCCAGGCUAAAGAGAACUGAGUUCACACACUUACCUGCAGAGGUUCAGGAGACCCUAAGAGCCCUUCAACCUGCUGCCAGCCAUGGGGCCUCAAAGGCCCAUCCACAUCCAUAUCAAAGAUAUCUGAGUGUUCAGAGAGCUGCUUUCUACUUCCAGGCAGCAAAUCCCCAACAGAGCAGGACUAUUUGAGGCAUUGGAAAAGGCAGCCUACAACCAAAUACCAAUCCCAAAAUAGCCAAGCAUGCACCACAGAAGAGCUUUCAGGAGGUAGACUCAGGACAUUGCCUCCAGUAUGUGACAAUGGAAGGCACUGGAGAGAGGGUCCCACCUUCAGCAGCCAAACAAAUUAAUACAGUGGAGGUGAAAGAAGAACCACUUUGUGCAUGGGGAGUAAGUCUGGGAUCCAGUGAGAUUCACAAUGGCCAACACAUCAGUAUCAGUCCCAGGGUCUGUGGGCCUUUAGGGGCCAACAGACUCCCAGCUCAUCUACAGACACCUACCCCACAACACUCACAGGACUCAACGCUAAAAACCCAAGUGUACAUUAGGAGUUCAAACAAGCAGAAAGAGGCCUGGCCUGUGAGACAUCAUCCAGAUGGCCCCAGUAGAGUAUACCCUGAUAAGGUCAACUUGCCUUCACAGAACUCACUACCCAGCUUCCAGACUAGAGGCCAAAACCCCAAGACUUCUCAGGGCUUAUGUGAUGUCUUCAUGAGGAGACACGAGAGGGUGGAUACUCAAGAGAACAGAUUAAUUUGGGGUCAUAAUAAGGUUUAUCCCCAUGAAGAGAGGCAGGGUACUAUAAGAUCAAGAGCCCUAAGCCAUGGAGAAAACCAUGAGAGAGUAAGGCCUUCCAUCCCAAGCUCCACCCACUUCAAGGAUGCAGCCAAGGCUCAGAUACCAGAAAAAGGAGAGGCUACUUAAAGCUCUUGGAAGAACAUCCCAAGGUAUGUUUUACAAUAUGGAAACCACAGUACAAAAUACACUGGACUUGGGGAUUCUUUAAAGAUUGAUCACCCCCCACCAGCUGCUGAGCAUACACAAGAAAACUUAACAAGAAAAAUGGUCAUCUACCAUGUGAUAGCUGAACUGCAAUCCAUUAUGGAUGAUCUGUUCCAGAUCUUGGAGGACACUGAAGGGGACCCAUCAAACGUACAAGGGUGUACAGUAGAGUCACUGACAUCCCAGUUGGGUGGCUCAGCCCACACUUCUGAGGGUCUGUAUGACACAAACCAUAGCAGACCAGCAAACAGAGGAAGCUGGGGCCACAUCAGCCCUGAGAUGCAUAAAGAUUCCUUCACAUAUAGAGAAAUUGGAGAUAAACAGCAGUCAGUGAUUAAAGUCCAGAGAGCCUGUGACCAACAUUUGGACCAAGAGAAGACAGGAAUGUGCUUGGACCAGCUCCACAUGCCCAAGGGUUAUGACCUUCCAUGUAGGCACAAGGAAAUUAGACACAAGCAGGAGCCAUGUCUUGAAGACCAGUUUGACCCACAUCAAAGUAGAAAGAAAGGCAUGGGCUGUGGCUGGUUUCUGAAUCCCAAAGAGAAUCAUUCAAUCACAGGAGAACUGACUGCUCCUGGCCUUCAUUUGCUGCCCAGGGAGCCUCUGAACCCAGGUACACCUUACCAGAAUAGGUCAAGGGGCAGCUGGCACAGGCCAUCCAUGUCUUCCCACACCAGGAUGUUCUAGAAGUUGUCCCACCUGCCCACCCAUUGUUUCCCCCGUGCCUCCUGGUAAUAAACUGGGUUUUGUCCCUGCAAGGAAAUUCUUUCUUUCUGGAGCUCUUCUUUGUGUGCUCAUGGCUCCUUUGUAGACAGGAGUGGCUUCCUGGUUUAUGCUCCUGCAUUUCAGCACAGCGAUUUCUAUCCUACAGUGAUGGAGCAGGGGAAGGUCAGCAUUGCUUCUGCCUCAGUGCAGUUUAUGGAGAGACUGGGUACAUGGGAAGGGAUGGUCACUGAAUUCCCGUCACUGUACAGUUAGUGUUAAUCUUUCUGUCAUGG